ACAGAUAGCUCAGUGAAGUGCUCGAGUGUAGACCAGCGCAAGGUUAGCUACUGACAAAAAAGGAGGACUGAACUGUUACUGGUGGCUAACCAGAAAAAAUGUCUGACAAAAUGCUUGAUUUGGAAGAGACCGCAACCCAGACAGGUCCAAAAGGAGUCAUCAAUGACUGGAGGAGAUUUAAGUUGGAAAGUAUGGACCAGGAAAACUUGCCAGCUGCAAAAAAGGAACUGCUGAGACAGAUGUCAUCUCCGAGCAGACCAAAAGAUGAUGCCAGAGCACACAUUAACCGCAAGAUGAGUGUCCAAGAAUAUGAACUGCUUAAGGAGGAGGAUGAGGGAUGUUUGAAGAAAUACAGAAAACAAUGCAUGCAGGAUAUGCAUGAUAAACUCAGCUUCGGGCCCAGGUUUGAAGGUGUGCAUGACCUGGACAGUGGCGAGGCCUUCCUAGAAGUCAUCGAGAAGGAGCAUUACAGCACAGUGGUGGUUGUCCACAUCUACAAGGUUGGGGUCAAAGGUUGUGAGGAGCUCAACAACUGCCUGGAUUGCCUGGCCACUGAGUACCCCACUGUAAAGUUCUGCAGGAUUGAUGCUGUCACAUCCGGUGCUGCCGAGCGUUUCUCGGAUGAUGUUUUGCCAACGCUGCUGGUGUACAAGGCUGGAGAACUACUAGGGAACUUCCUGGCCUGCAUACAGCACCUAACUGAGGAGUUCUUUGCCACUGAUGUGGAGGCCUUCCUCAACAGCUAUGGCCUGCUGCCAGAGAAAGAGUUGGCUGGUAUGGAAGAUGAAGAGGGAAACGAUGUAGAGUAAACAAAGAGUUUGGCUGCUGAAGGAAGCUGUCUUGGAAGGCUGGAUAGAGAGCGAUGAAAGACAAUAUGACAUAGGACAAAUAGAAAAACCAUAACAUCUCCACAAGCUCACUAGUGUUUGAGAAUUGUUCUCUAAAUGAGAAAUGUUGCAUCCAGUUGGUGAAGGAACCUUGAUGUCCCGAAUACGAGUGCUCUCAAAUAUGAGUGCGGGUUACAGUAAGGUGAGGACAUACAGCUAUUAUUUGUGAAAAUAUAUCACAAUUAACCUCACCACCACCCAAGCAAAAGCCAAAACCAGGUUAACUGUACAGGUUAACUGUACUUUAUUUUGUAAUGAUAGACAAUAUUACAUGAUGUAUGUAGUUGUACUUGAUGUAAAAAUGUAUUAAAUCAAAUAUUUUUUUUAGCAUUUGUUUGGGUUGAUCUGUACACAAGUUAUUUAUAAAUCCAGGGUUUUGCAAAGUGACAUUCUCAAUAUUUAAACACAUGUAUACUUCAGUUCUCUGUGGUGUUUUUGCCAAGAUGUAUAGAAAAAAAAAUCCUUUAAAGGACAAAUAGGACAGGAACUCUUAAUGCUUAAGAGGCCAAAGAACUCUGGAUGUGGAAACAUUUUUGUGCAUGUUUUCCAUCUGUCCAGUACAACAUGACCUACCUGCUUCUUAAGCCAAUGUGGUGGGAUGUGCAUAUUGUGUCUGGAAAAACACAUUCAUGAGUCUCUGGUGUUUUACCAUCAUCAGUGAAACAUCAUCAGUGAGGAGUUUUCCCUUGUCUGUGUAUUUUAUGUUGUAAAAGUGGGAGAAAGUCAUCAGACUAUACAAGAAAGGAAACCAUUAGUUUUGGGUUUUCUUUGUGUGAUGUGACUCAGCAAUAUCAAUAUAUAGUCAUAUUUGAUUUUACCAUGGGUUUGUUACCAUUUUAAACUGUGUACUGUAAUAUGUUGAAACAAAGCUUACUAUACAUGUUGUCAAGAAUAAAAA